GGUUAAAGUGUAAGUCCCGUCAGACUGUGACCCAGAUAGUGAGUGUGGUGAGGGGGCAAAGCGUAGCGAGCCGGGCCGAGGCGGCAAACGGAGAACUUGUUAGCCCUCGGCAGGCGAGUCAGUCCUCGUUGGAAGUGUGACACGGGCAGAAACGGGCCGGGGGCGGCAGUCGAGGACUGGGAGACAGCCAGCAGCAGUCGCCGGCGGAACGAACAGCUGUGUGUUGUUGCAAUGUUGGAGAGAGAGGCUGACUGAGCCCGCGCUGUGCGAACACACACGGACACAGUGUGACAGCAACACAGAGACGCGAAAAGGCGGCGGUGACAGCAUCUACUACUACUAGCCGCGCGCGGCGUUCUCGCACACCUGAGCGACUCAGGAGCGGCGGUCACGUGCUCCUCGGGUACCUGUGGACACGCGACAGGACCCGCCCCCUCCACUCCACUCCAUUGGAGCGUCUCGUACUUUCAUUUUGCUGGAGGCGAACAGACCGGACAGAGGAGAAUCACACUGGGAGAGAGAGAAGCUCUGUGUGUGUGUGUGUGUGUGUGCGCGCGCCCGCUCGCGUGUUCGGAAUGCGGAUGUGAAGGAUGCCUCUCGUCCCACAGGACUUCAGCUUCAGCGGAACAUGACCGAUCCCCAGCGGAACCCGACUGGUCCGAGCGCACCUCACUCGCCGCACUUGGGCCGGCUUGUCCUGCUAUCGCUGAGCUGCGUUCUUUGCUUCCUCUCACCUGCCCAGGUGAAUGCCGGACUAUGCAGAGUGUCAGGUGGGGUGCUUGGGAUUCACUGGAGCAGUGUGAUCGGGCUGGGCUGGCGCCCCCUGGCGGAUGGGAGGAGUAGCACUCAGUGCUGGGAGGCUUGCUGCCUGGACCCUGCGUGCAGCGCCGUGUGGAGCCUGGGGAGGCGCUGCGUGCUUCUGAGUUGCUCUGACCCUCGGGGGUGCAGUGUCACUGCUCUCCCUGAGUCAGACCUGCCCUCCCAAGGGCUGCUGCAGCAGGUGGUGGAGAAGGGUCUGGUGAAGAGGAGAGUGCGUGCAGCAGGGGUGCAGGACCUGGAGAACACCACUACCCACCAGCCUGCAAGUGCUGCUCUGCCCAACUCUGACACCGCCAACCACUCCUCCUCAUGGACCACGGUCAGUGGUGCAACCCCCUCUCAAGCAGCUAACAGGACUCAUAGCCUGAUGACCAAUGGUAGCAAGGAGUUGUUGACCUCCCUUCCUGCUCAUCAGAACUCCACCCAGUUGGAAGAAACCUCAGCUAGUAAGACAUCCAACGGCAGCGUAGCAUUGCUAACCACAAUCCCCACUGUGGCUCCCACCUCUCCUACUGUGGCAAUGCGGGAGCUCGUAGUGUCGGCGGGCCAAAGUGUGGAGGUGACAUUGCCACGGAAUGAGGUGGAGCUCAAUGCCUACGUCCUGCCAGCACCUCCUGAAGGUCUGCAUUACACCUUUGAUUGGCGCUUGAAGACUCACCCCCAGGACUACAGCGGAGAGAUGGAGGGCAAGCACAGCAAGACCCUCAAACUGAGCAAGCUCACUGUCGGAUUUUAUGAGUUCGAAGUGCUGGUGGAUGGUGAGGGGGCACAUGGAGAAGGCUACGUUAAUGUGACUGUAAAACCAGAGCCACGGGUGAACAAGCGACCCGUCGCCGUGGUUUCCCCAAAGUUCCAGGAGAUCUCCUUGCCGACCAGCUCUACAGUGAUAGAUGGCAGCCAGAGUACAGAUGAUGACAAGAUUGUGUCGUGGCACUGGGAGGAGGUGAAGGGGCCGCUGAGGGAGGAGAAGGUCUCUGCUGACACGGUGCUCCUCACGCUCACCAACCUGGUCCCUGGAAACUAUACCUUCAGUCUGACGGUGACCGAUUCUGAUGGCGCCCAGAAUUCAACCCAGGCAACGCUUCUGGUGAACAAAGCCAUGGACUACCGUCCCGUGGCCAACGCCGGGCCCAACCAGGUCAUCACUCUGCCAAGGAACUCAAUCACUCUGUACGGCAACCAGAGCACCGAUGACCACGAGCCUCUGGCCUAUGAGUGGUCCCUCAGCCCUGAGAGCAAGGGAAAGGUGGUAGAGAUGCAGGGUGUGCGGACCCCCACCCUGCAGCUGUCCGCCAUGCAGGAGGGAGACUAUACUUUCCAGCUCACGGUCACCGACUCGGCUGGUCAGCAGGACACAGCGCAGGUCACGGUCAUUGUGCAGCCUGAGAACAACAAGCCCCCUGUGGCAGAUGCCGGGCCUGAGAAGGAGCUCACGCUGCCAGUUGACCGAACCACGCUAGACGGUACCAAGAGCAGUGAUGACCAGCGCAUCUCCACAUACCACUGGAGCCAGAGCAAGGGCCCAGAGGGUGUUAAAAUCGAGAAUGCGGACAGUGCAGUUGCCAUGGUGACGGGUUUGCGAAGCGGAGAAUACGAGUUCAGCUUGACGGUGACCGAUGAGAGGAAGCUACAGAGCACAGACACAGUGAGGGUCAUCGUCAAAGAGGAGGUGGACCAGGCUCCGGUGGCUCGAGUCGUGUCCAGCCCGCCCAUCUCCCUCCCCAAUCGCACCGCUGUGCUGGAUGGCUCCCGCUCAACCGACGACAAGGGCCCCGUGAGCUACCUGUGGACCCGUGAUGAGAGCAGCCCUGCCGCUGGGGAUGUGCUGAACAACUCCGACCACCAGGCGGUGCUGCUGCUCAGUAACCUGGUGCCGGGGAAGUACAGCUUCACACUCACGGUGGUGGACAGCAAAGGCCAGAGCAAUUCCGACAGGGGGAGCGUGGAGGUGCGGCCAGAUGCAUUUGAGCGAGACCUGGUGGAGCUCAUCCUGGAGGUGGCGGUGUCACAGGUGUCCCACCGCCAGAGGGACAUGCUGCUCCGACAAGUGGGCGUCCUUCUCGGCGUGCUUGACAGCGACAUCACUGUCCGGGAGGUCAGCGCCUUCAACGAACACAGCACCCGUAUCGUGUUUCUGGUAUCUGGGGGUCCAGGGCGCCCCCCUCUGCCUGGGCACAGUGUUGCUGUGGAGCUGCGCAACAAACUGCGCAAACAGAAGAACGACUUCCUUAUUUUUAAGGCCAGACGAGUGGACACUGUCAUCUGCCAGCUGAACUGCUCUAGUCACGGCGAGUGCGACUCGUUCACACGGCGCUGCGUCUGUCACCCCUUCUGGAUGGAGAACUUCCUCCGCGUGCAGCUGGGAGACGCCGAGAGCAACUGUGAGUGGAGCAUCCUUUAUGUAACUAUCACAUCCUUCACGAUUGUGGUUGCCGUGGCGAUGCUCGUCUGGGGGGUGGUGUGUUGCUGCCGCAGGCGUAAAAGUCGCAUGCGCAGAAAGAGCCGCUACAAGAUGCUGGAAGCCGAUGAGCAGGACAGCCUGGAACUGCAGGUUCCCCGAGCAAGCCGCCUCAAGCCCGUUCCCGCCCCCACCUCGUCCUCACUCAUGCGCUCUGACUCGGACCUGGACAGUGACGAUGGGCGUGAUGGCCCCCCCUGGACGGAGCGGGAGAGGGGUCAGCUACUGAGACCCCAGAACGGGGCCCUCCGCAACGGACAGGGUCCCCUGAGGCCCAAAAAGCAGAGGGAGGAGUUGCUAUAGCGACCAUGACGUGGGGAAUGGAGGGGUAGGGUUUGGCUGCCCCCCCCAACCCCGCCCGCCAUGCUGCUGGACUCGUGUCACAGGCAUGACACUCAGACACAUGAGCUGUAAAAGGAGGGGUUCUAACCCCUGCCACAGACCACUUCCUACUGCACCCCCACUGAGCCAAGAGAGACAUGGACCCCCCCCACCCACCCACCCAGGGGCUGGCAAAACCACUCCCUGGCCCUGUGAAUGUGCCACCUCUGCCCCACAAAUGUUGAGAAUGUACUUCCCCCUCCCGGUCCCCCACCCCUGAGCGUGCACCGGUCGGGCUCACCGUGAACCUUGGAGCCAGAAGACUCGACCUGUGUGUGUGUGUGUGUGUGUAUGUGUGUGUGUGUGUGUGUGUGUGUGUGUGUGUGUGUGUGUGUGUUUUUGAUGCAUUUUUCAGUUCAGCAUGUGCAUCAAUCAAGAGAGGCCGUGCAGCACUGUGUAUGUUGCCGUAGUAACAUGAGGACACAGGAAGUGUGCUUGGGCCUGAACUGGACAACACACUGGACACUUGGAAAUGGGACACUUGACGUGUCUUCGACCUGGAAGACCACUUUGUCUGUUGUCCUUUUAAACUGCGUUUUAUUCUCAUGCACUUUGUCACUGGUACCUGUUUGUCACCACACACACUACUGAGACUGACUGCUGCGGCGGCGACCCCUGCUGUCUGUGUCUCCAGGUUUACCAGGGUGCAACGCACAUGCCCAGCGCCUGCACGCUGUGUGUCGGCUCACUGUAGUGGUUUGUGGGCUAGCAUUAGCGUCACCUUUAGUGGGAGCAGUAGCAUCCCACCUCUUCCCCCUGCUGGCCGACACUAGUGCAAGAAAGUCUGUCUCUGCUGUUGACUGUGAUUUACUUCUUUCUGUACUACUUAAAGGGAUGGCCCUGACUGUAGAGCUAUACUUGACGCCUUUGUGGCCCUGUGGACCCCGGCUGGGCUCUGAGCUGCUCCCAUUUGUCCAUGUCCAUCUGUUGAUGGGGGUGGCAUGACCCAUGCAGUGCACUCCUUUUUCUGGCAUUCUGGGAAAUGGAGUCCAUUGGUGUGGCAGUCAAGGGAAGCAGUAAUAUGAAGGGAUUGUUUGUUUUGAUUGUUCACUUUUUGCUUUAGUUGAAGGAUUUUUUUUUUUUUUUU